AUGGAGAGCGCUAAGUUGAGGUCGAUUCCGAAGAAAACAAGUGAAAGAUAUUCUCUUUGCAAAAUAUGCCGAAGUCUUUUUGAGCGAUUUCGUCGAUGUGAAUGCUUAAAGUUGGAUGGAAAAGGAUGCAACUGCGUGAAUGAAGAUGACGAGGAAGUCUCUAACGAAUGUGAAGGAUUCUAUCAAGAUAGCAGUUCUCAAACGGAAUUGAUGCAUGGUGAGGUUUUUUUCUUAAGUAAAGUAAAAAAAGUAUUAAGUUUGCGUCGUCUUUUAGAAAUUCCUCGAGGCUUCUCCUUUCGUCAGCAAAGGGUGCAAAAAUCGAAAUGAGGGAUCAAUCGGUACUAUUACAUCAUAUUCCGUUGUAAGUUUGACAAGUCUGACUGAAGAAGCUCCAUGUUACGUGACUGAAGUAAUAACUAAUAUUAAAGAUCGAAGAACGACACGAUGUUAAAGUUGAAUUAUUUGUCAUCUUUUAUCAGCUCCGCCUUCGACUUCUCAAGGGCUGGUCUAUCAACUAUCAGAUUCGCCUGAAUAUAUGCAUGCAUCUCAAAUACUCGAUUUAAGUCCAAGAAACUUUCUCUUCGCAAGAGAUAGUCUUCCAAAAGAUCAAGAGUAUCGAGAAAUACGGAAUCCAUACGUGCUGGUGAUAAACAUUGUAAACUUUAUCAAGGACCCAGGACCAAGGAAUGGGGCUAAACACGAUCAAGAUAACGUGGAGAGGUUUGUCAGAGAAGCUGGUUUCAGCACUGUUCUGAUGCAUUUUGACCUGGACAAACAAGAAAUGCUGAAAAUUCUUGAAGAAACCCGAAAAAAUGCAGAUUUGGGUCAGUAGCUCUAUAUGUAGUCUCUAUUUUUGUUACAUCCAUGAGGGUUCGUGCACUUUAAGUUUCGAUUAGACCGGAAGUUAGCUGCUGUAGCAAAGUAAUAGCGGAGCUCGCAGAGCGUAGCCCCAUAAUUAUACAAAAUAGCAGUAACCCAUCAAGCCGAAAAAAUUUGGAUGUACGACCGUACAAGGUGCUACUUUUAACAUGCGUGGUUAACUGUACCGCGGGCACGCCAACGCCACGGUUUUGUCCAGUAGUCCAGUGUUCAGUGCACUGGGCUCCGAGUCAGACGACCCGGGUUCUAGUCCUGGCCAGGGCAAGGCGUUGUGCCCUUGAGACGUGCGGGAAAAAAAAUGCGAGCUCCGCUUUUAGGCUUGGCUAAAUAUAUAUAUAUUUUACUCCUAAAGUGUUAGGUUUUAAAAAAAACAUUUCCUAUUGCCAUAUCUAUUUGCAACGUUUCCAACUUCUACUCCCCAAUUCUAUGCCGUCCAGAAGAGGUGUAACUCAAAGUUUGAUUUGUCUAAAAUGAGUAUGUAGAUCUCAGAAUUUUUUCCUUGUUCACUGAUAAAAGCACUCACAGGAAGGUGUGGUAUUAAAACCAAAGGGAUAUUCUGAGCUGCCAAAAUAACUUUUUGCCUAAAUUAUAUUGCAGUGAAGCUCCCUCUACCUCUGUUCAGUACUUUGAAUUGCAACUGAUACAAUGUUGAUUUCUUUCGUUAUUCUGUUACAGUUGAAAAUGACAGUUUUAUCUGCAUUAUUAUGAGCCAUGGCAAUGAAGAAGGUAUCUUAUGCAGUGAUCAUAAAACUAUUCCAGUGGAGAACAUAAUGGAGAAAUUCCAGGGAAACAAUGAUGCUUGUCCCCAGCUUGCAACAAAACCAAAAUUGUUCUUUGUUCAAGCAUGCAGAGGAGAAAUUGAUGACAAAGGGUACUUUGCACCAAGAGGGCCAAAAGAAGUUUAUCCUGUUACAUCUGACAACCAUGAGAUGCCUGUAAAACUUCCCUCCGAUGCAGAUUUUUUGAUCGCCUACUCUACCACCAAAGGCACAAUCUCUCACAGACGCUUCACAGUUGACAGAAGAUAUGCUGAAACACAUAAGGAAAGUCUCGGUUCUUGGUUCAUCUCUUGCUUGGUACAGGUUCUAUGUGAGAACUCUCACAAGGAGGACUUAAUGACUAUGCUCACAAGAGUGAACAGAGCCAUGUGUGAAUUUUACACUGAAGGUGGAAGCAAGCAGAUUUCAUGCCAACUUUCUAUGCUCACAAGGAAAGUCUACUUUUCUAACUUCCUUGAUAAGAUAAAGUGUGUAGGCAGCAACACAAAUUAGGCAAACCUUGACAACCAAACUGUGUUAAUGGUGGUAGGAUUAGGGUGGAGCCAGGAAGUGGAGAGAGGUACCACCCUUUUUAUUAAUUUGUGGUGAGCCCUUCAACUCCCAAUGUACAGAAAUUUGGUAUUUAGAAACCCUAACCCUAAGCAACAAAUAACUGACAUCCUCAGCUGACAGGUUUGUUAUUGCUUCUUUUACUUUUCUUGGAUGGACUGUUGCUAUGAACAAAUUCUACAGCUUUCUGAAAGUGAACGAAAAGAGUUCAAAUAAGUACUAUCAACCUUCAUCAGUGUUUUGGACCUUGCCCACAAUUUUUAGGUUGCCUAUUAUCUCAGUACCAGAACUGUGCCAGGUUACAAAAAAGUUCUAUGAACUAAAGAUUAUUAAGCAUUACAUGCUACAUAAGUAUAUUUCUGUAAAACUCAUUUAUGAAGAGCCAAGGCUCAGAAACACCCUGAAAUAUUUUGGAAAUUGUUAAAAUGGGGCCAGUUGCAUACAACAGCAGCAGUAAAGCACAUAAAUGUAUAUGAUAGUCAUGAUAGUUUUCAGUGAAAAUAAAGAUGUUGUUACCAAUUUUAUAAAGUACAUGACUAGAUCAAUAAAAUGUGUCAUGACACAGAAUCAUUUGAUUUUGUCUAAACUAAAAUCUAUGAAAAUGCUACCAAUGUUCUUAUGUUUGCCAUAAGAGACUCUUUUUCUUUUCCCUUCCCCCCCUCCUUCAAAGCAGGCAGUGGUGGUAUAAACAGUGGGAUUGACUGGUACUGGCCAGUGAAUGGUUACUUGAUUAGAUCAUUUUGCUGUUGUGUGCUUGGUUGUCAAGCCUUUGAACAGGAGUGAGGCUAAGGUUGACCUUGUUAUUGAUAAAAACCUUGUUGCCUUUCAAAUGCAAAUAAGUUUGUUAUCAUGCUAACUAGAUACUGGUCUCCAUCACAACAAGGUCACCUUCAGCCUCACUCCAAAUCAAAGGCUUGGCAACUUAGGACACAACUGUAGAAUGGCUUAUUGUCAGUUCCUAAGCCAAGACCAUGGGGGGGGAGGGAGGGUGGGAUUAGCUUUAAAAGCAGCUUAAACCUCCAAAGCAGCUUACAAACUGCUGCUAAGAAAUUGAGCAAGGGAAUCCCAUUAGCUGAAUUAUUUAAGAACGUCCUUGAACUAGUCUCAAAAUAAUAGUACUCUCUUUAAAAUUCCCUCCUCAUGCCCCUCCCUCUCAACAAAUCCUCAGAAUAAAGACAGGGAAUUACGGUGCUUUGAUAAGGCUAUGCGUAUUGUUACUUAUUAAUAAUUGCCCAAUAGCUAGGCUAGAAAAAAUAUAUUAGUCUGUAAAGCUGUGUAUCCACUUGUGAUCUGGUGGGGUGUUCUCGACCAAAGUUGCUGUGUCUAUUCGGUAUUCAUUACAGCUGAUGAAGAGUUCAGAAGAAAAUGUUGGCACUCAAUGUGUUAUUAAGAAGCUCUUCCUCUCUACAACACUUCCCAAACCCACUCAUUCUCAAUUAAGCCCUCAGUAUAAAAGUUUUAACUGGUAAUUGAUCAUGUACUUCAUCAAAUAAAUGCCCUGACACCGAUUCAAUAUUUCAGCUUGUAGAUUCUACGGUGAACGGAGAAAGACAGCCAAAAAUUGGGCUCUUGGUUCAUGUCCUGCUUGGUGAAGGUUCUACAAGAAAAUUCGCACGUUGA